GCAGUCAUGUCCAAAACAUCUCUGAGUUCAUAGUGGUUCAUAGUGCUUUACUUGUGUUUUAUUGAUCCUGUAGUCAGUGUGUUCAGUCAAAGAUACUCUUUGGUUCAGUGAGGCAUCAUUGUUGGGUCUGUGUUGUUGGACUGAAGUCAGAGUUAUGUACAGAAGAGAGACAGAAGCAUGUGCAAAGUCUCUAUGUAACAGGCAAGACUAAACCUAGAUGAAAACAUGGCCAAAGUGAUUUUCCUCUCCGUGUUACUUUGGCUGUUUGUAGCCAGAUCCCAUAACAGCAGAACAUCUGGAAAAACACUGAACAAUAUCACCAGCAAACCGGAAAAUGGGUUAGUCUGUCCUUUAGAGAUAGCAUACAUCCUGGACAGCUCAGAGAGCGCAAAGGUCAUAAAGUUUGACAGACAGAAAUCAUUUGUGCGCUCCUUCAGCGAACGCCUGGUGCAGCUGCGGGUGUCCAAUUGGAACCUUCAAAUGCGUUUUGCUCUCAUCUACUACAGCAGUACAGUCAUUGUCGACCAACACUUUAAAGAUUGGCGGGAUCUGGAUGCAUUCCUGAGACGCCUGGAAAACGCAAUCUACAUUGGCCAGGGAACGUAUUCGACGUACGCCAUAACCAAUGCCACUCAGCUGUUCACCACCGAGACCGAAAAUAAAAGCGUGAGGGUUGCUCUGCUUAUGACAGACGGCAUCGAUCAUCCACGCAACCCUGACAUAAUUGGGGCGAGCAAUGAGGCCAAGAAUCAAAAGAUUAAGAUGUUCACAAUAGGCCUAUCACACAUGGUGAAGAACAACGUGAACAGUGAAAAGCUUCGGGCUGUGGCGAGUGUCCCGUCUAACCUGUAUGUCCAUAGCCUCACUGACCCUCAGCUCGAAGAAAAACUCUUUAAACAGCUGGAAACAAUUGCAGAGACUGAAUGUCCACAGCGAGCAGUGUGUUUGUGUGAGAAAGGUGCAAUAGGUCCUCCAGGAAGUCCUGGCGAAAAAGGAGAUCCAGGUUAUGAAGGAGCCCCUGGUAUGAAAGGCUCAAAGGGGGAAACAGGGCAGCAUGGUCCUCCAGGUAUCGAAGGUUCAGAGGGCAGACCUGGCUUCAAAGGUGAUAAGGGGGCUCAAGGUAGCUGUGGACCACCAGGUCAAAAGGGAUAUCAGGGCACUGAAGGGCCUCCAGGGCCACGGGGCUUAAGAGGAGAGCAGGGUUUAAAUGGGCUUCCAGGAGACCAGGGACCCGAAGGACAACCAGGACCUAAAGGGGAUCGAGGACGGGCCGGUGCUUCUGGACCACCCGGAGACAUCGGAAUUGGAUUUCCUGGUCCAAAGGGAGACAAAGGAAAUUUUGGAAGAACGGGUCCUCCUGGUCAGCCUGGUGCGGGUCAGCCUGGGGUACCUGGUCUUCUUGGUCCACCAGGAACAAAAGGAAACCCAGGAGUUCCAGGUGAAGGAUUUCCUGGACCAAAGGGUGAUCCGGGUUUUACUGGCCCUCCUGGUAAUCGUGGGCUCCCAGGUUAUGGAGUUAAAGGUGAAAAGGGCAAUGCUGGGCCUCCCGGGUCAACUGGAUCAAUAGGAUCCCCUGGCAAAGGGAUUCAAGGAGAAAAGGGGAAUCAGGGACCAAUUGGUCCUCCUGGCCAAAGAGGGUAUCCUGGGACAGGACUUAUGGGUCAAAAGGGAGAACAGGGCUUUCGUGGUGAGCCUGGAGCUCCUGGUGAAAGAGGAAUUGGAGAACCAGGACCCAAAGGUGAACCUGGAUUCCAAGGUUUACCAGGUGAGACUGGUGUACCAGGAGAUAAUGGGACCAUGGGACCAAAGGGUGAUAUAGGCUUACCAGGACCCAGAGGACACGACGGACCACCUGGAAGAGGCCUACGAGGGGAGAAGGGGGAUCGAGGAGACAGGGGACUCCGGGGCCAACCAGGACCAUUGGGACCAGCGGGAACAGAAGGAGCCAAAGGAAAACCAGGAAAUGUUGGACCUCCAGGUAUUCCCGGACCUUCAGGACGGGGCAUACCUGGAAAUAAGGGAGAUGCUGGUCCAGUUGGUCCACCAGGACCUGUGGGAGAACCAGGAACGGGCAUUGUAGGACCUAAGGGUGACAUAGGAUUACCAGGACCCACUGGACCACCAGGAUUGAGAGGGGAAGGCUUUCUUGGACCACCUGGACCGCCAGGUUUACCGGGUCUUACAGGUGAAACUGGACCAGAAGGUAUCGGUUUACCUGGCCCAAAGGGGGAUCGAGGCCCUUCAGGUCCCACAGGUCCCGCUGGAGCACCAGGUCUUGGGUUGAUGGGCCCAAAGGGCUCAAUUGGUCAGACUGGACCAGCCGGUCCACCAGGACUACCAGGAGAGGGCAUACAAGGACCUAAGGGUGAACCUGGAUAUCAAGGUAUACAAGGGCCAAGAGGCAUUCCUGGAGAAGGUCCGCCCGGCCAGAAGGGCGAUCGCGGUUUUCCAGGAACUCAGGGACGCAAAGGAGAGAGAGGAGGUCUGGGAGAACCUGGAGGAACAGGACAACCGGGAAAUCCCGGAAGAAGGGGCGAUCCUGGUCUCACGAGAGGAGAAGUAAUCACCUUAAUCAAAUCAAUUUGUGGUUGUGGUCAGAUAUGCCGUCUGGAACCCCUCGAGUUGGUCUUUGUGAUUGACAGUUCUGAAAGCGUGGGUGAAACCAACUUUGAUAUCAUUAAAGACUUUGUGAGUACAUUGAUCGACCGUGCAUCGGUCAGUCAAGAGAUCACACACGUAGGCGUGAUGCUCUACAGCCACAUCAACCACAUAGUCACUAAUUUACAAGAGCGAUUCGAUCGUGACGAAGUCAAGGCCGCGGUUCAGAGGAUGACGUAUAUCGGCGAGGGAACCUACACGGGAAGUGCCAUCAAACAGGCCAAUGAGAUGUUUUACUUUGCCCGCCCCGGCGUGAAGAAAGUGGCUGUGGUCAUUACGGAUGGACAGACUGAUCAUCGUGACACCGUGAAUCUAGAGGACGCUGUUAACGAAGCUCAUUCUGCCAAUAUCACCAUGUAUGUCAUCGGGGUGUUGAAUCAAACUGACCCGCUUCAUGACGAUUUUAAACAGGAGCUGAGAUUAAUAGCCUCCCAACCUGAUGAAGAGCAUGUGUUCUUCAUAGACGACUUCAAAACACUUUAUAAAUUGGAGAGUAAAAUCCUCAAAAAGAUCUGCGAGUAUACUGAUGGAUCUGCCUCCAACUAUUAUCUGCCCACCGGCACCUCAACACCCUUCCAUGAUGAGAAAUAUCCUCUCACCCACACCAAGGAUCCCAAAUCAGAGAGCAAGGAAAUUCUUGGCACUUUAGCACCAUAUUUCGAUGAAGAACUGAACCGCCUCCCAGAAUUCACUCCCACGCCUUUGGAUCUGCCAAGACUGAACACAUACAAGAUCAACACCACUGAACCUCCGCUUCCGACACACGAGGAUUUUAUUGCAGAUGAGAGAUGUCAGCUGCCUCUGGAUCCCGGUCCAUGUCGGGAAUACCUUGUCAAAUGGUAUUACGACCCCAAAGCCAAUUCAUGUGCUCAGUUCUGGUUUGGAGGUUGCAAUGGGAAUAAAAACCAGUUUGAUAGUGAAAAGACCUGCAGGAAGACCUGUGUCAAAAUGUGAACCCCCAAAAGGUUUUUCUUUUUAAUUAUUUAAAAUUAUUUUAGCAUUUUACUAAGGUAGGUAAUAACAAAACUAACAGACAUGAGGGAAGCUCACCUGAAAACAUCAAGGGCCCAAAUACAUAUUAUGCAAUGAUAUUUAAACAUUAGAUGUGACUCAAAUGUCCAAAUAUUUCAGAGGUACCUCAAGAAAAGGUUUAUUUAAAGGGAAUUUAUAAAUAAUCUGUCACUGCUGAUACUGCAGCUAUAACAGCAUUAAAUUAGUAUUGUCAAAAACUCUAUAAAAUGAUUAAAUAUAGUGUUUCGGGAUAGAUACAUUUUUCUUCAUACGUAUGGAAUGAUGAUUUGUGAUAAUGUUUAUAAAACGAAGAAGUCUGUUUUUAAUAAAAACAAUCUGAUCCCAUUAAAUGUUGAAAUGUCAUAUUUAAUAGGAUUUGUUAUGCAUAUGACCCCUUUA